GAAAGAAGAUAUUCUGGAUUGCGUAGAAAGUGAAACCAAUCGCUGUGGUCUUCUUGGUUUCGUUGAUUUGUUUGGUUCUUCAAAAGAACUAGAAACCUCAUGUGAAUCCUUAGAUAGAUGUUCUGAAGAAGAGAAUGAGCUUGAGGAUUACUCAAAAAGCAAUAAGUACAGCUUCCUGCAUUGUUUGGAUGAUCACCAGCGUGAUAUGAUGGAAUGCAUGGUCUACAGUUUAAUUGAAGCAAUGAAAGAAUUGAUAACAAUGUCGAGGAUUGAGGAGAAUUUCAAUGAACAAACUGAAAAAAUAAUGUUAUGCAGCGUAUUUCAAACGAUUCUACUUUGUUCCAGAAAUGUAAGUAUUGAAAAAUGUGGAAGAGAUGGAUCAGAUUUAGUCAGAAAGGAAUUAGAAAAAGAACAUAAAGAUAUAUUGGAUUCCUGUGACGAAAUUCUAAUAGUGAAGCUAAAUUACUCGUAAAUGCUUAUAACUGUAAAUAAAGUCAUUAUAUUUUUAUAAA